AGAUCCAGCCCUCUGAAAUGUCUUUAUAAUAUGUAUUUCAGAGCCUGCUACCUAGAACAUGAGAAGUUCUGCAUCAACAAUCUCUUUUGCACUGAUUUUGCAAUAUUGUCUUAUCAGUUAAGACCUUGACACAGAAUCUCACACACACACACACACACACAGCAAGUGGGUCCACAAGCCUGUGAUUGUCAUCCUGGUCCGUUUUUUACAGAGUCCACGUCAAACUGGGCAAAGUGCAGAAAGUGAUAGCAAGUCAAGUCUGAAAAACAGCAUUUUCAAAAACUCCAUUUUCCUCAUGGGACGAUAACACCUGCUGCUGUGCGCUACCUGUGUGAAAUCCACAGCCAAGACCUGAAAUGAGUCCUGUGCCGGUCAGUAUGAAGCCCUGGACCCAGGAGCUGAUAGAGAAGCUGAGUGUGCUGCAGUGGGUGCUGACCUUCCUCGGCAUGGGGAUCUUCUGCAGCAUUCUUGUGAUCUCCCUGCUGUUCACCAGGCUGUGGACUCUGUCUGUGCUCUACUUCACCUGGCUGGUCCUGGACUGGGACUCACCUGAGAACUGGAGCAGGCCAUCGAAAUGGAUCCGGGGCUGGAGUCUAUGGAAACACUUCAGUAAUUAUUAUCCCAUCAAGCUGGUGAAGACAGCGGAGCUGAGCCCGGAGAGGAACUACGUGUUUGGCUGCCACCCGCAUGGCAUCAUGUGCGCCGGAGCCUUCAGCAACUUCUCCACGGAAGGGACCGGGUUCUCGACGAUGUUUCCCGGGAUACGGCCGCACCUGGCCACGCUGGCCGGGAUGUUCAAGAUGCCGAUCUACCGGGAGUACAUGAUGUGCGCAGGUGAGCGACAGCAAACACGCAAACAAACAAACACACACUCAAGAGGAAUGUGGUCCGGUGAGCAGCCCAGUCUGAAGUACCACCUCUCCCAGAACGGCAGCGGCAAUGCGGUGGCGAUCGUGAUAGGGGGCGCCGCUGAGUCUCUGAACUGCAGCCCUGGACACAACUCCCUCGUCAUGAGGAACAGAAAGGGCUUCGUCAAGCUGCGAUUCCCGGUUACUGACGGGGUCGUUGCAGUCGGGAAGCCCAUCACGGUGCUGAAGAUGGUGUCUCCUCCGGACCGGGUAGUGGAUCACUAUCACCGGCUCUACAUGCAAGCCGUGCUCGACCUCUUCGACCGGCACAAGGUGGCGUGCGGCCUGUCUGAGGAAAGCCAGCUCGAAAUCCUCUGAGGCGCAGCGCCCAGCCCGGCCCGCUAGGGGGCACUGCCGGCCACAGAGAAAACGGCAACGGGACAUUUAAUCCUGGAUACGCGACUCGGGUGAACUGUCUGUUUUUAGACCCUGCUGUGUUCAAGUUUUGUGCGGCAGAAUUAAAAAAAAAAAAAAA